GAGGCAUCGGCUGCGGGGUCCCGGCUGCAGCUGCGAGGCCCAGCUCAACCCCGCCGGUCUAGGGUCUGGGUUGGGAGCUGCCAGUGCAGGAGAGGGCGGGGCAAGGGGCGUCUUUCUAUUGCACUUUCUCUUUGCGUUCAUGAGGUUGCCUGGCCGCGCUUUAGAGAGGUUUGCAUUAGCUCCGAGUCCGUCUGACAAGUGAGGAAACUGAGGCCGAGAAGUGGGAGGCGUUGUCAUCUGCUGGGUCACGCAACCUGCUAAGGGGAGGCCGGGGACCAAGACCUCGGGGUCUGCGCUCCCAGGCCCGCUUGGGUCGGUGGGCGUGGGGAGCAAGGGCCUUGCGUCGUUCCCUCCACCCAGCUGCACCCCUCGCCGCUGCAGGAGGCUCCCUGGAGGAGGAGCUCCGGACGCGGAGGAGGAGCCAGGGCAGCCCCGGGAGCGGGGACACAAUCCUCCUUGAUAAGAGGCAGAGCCCGAGAGGAACCCCGUCAGCCAGUUGGGCAGAAAGCUCCAGGAGCAGCCUCAUGGAAGAGAAGCAGAUCCUGUGCGUGGGGCUGGUGGUGCUGGACAUCAUCAAUGUGGUGGACAAGUACCCGGAGGAGGACACGGAUAGCAGGUGCUUGUCCCAGCGAUGGCAGCGUGGAGGCAACGCAUCCAACUCCUGCACUGUUCUCUCCCUGCUUGGAGCCCCCUGCGCCUUCAUGGGCUCACUGGCCCCAGGCCAUGUUGCCGAUUUUGUCCUGGAUGACCUCCGCCGCUAUUCCGUGGACCUACGCUACACGGUCUUUCAGACCACGGGCUCCGUGCCCAUCUCCACAGUCAUCAUCAACGAGGCCAGUGGUAGCCGCACCAUCCUACAUGCCUACAGAAACCUGCCAGAUGUGUCUGCUAUGGACUUUGAGAAGGUUGAUCUGACCCGGUUCAAGUGGAUCCACAUUGAGGGCCGGAACGCAUCCGAGCAGGUGAAGAUGCUGCAGCGGAUAGAGCAGCACAAUGCCAGGCAACCUCUGGAGCAGAAGAUCCAGGUGUCCGUGGAGGUGGAGAAGCCCCGAGAUGAGCUGUUCCAGCUGUUUGGCUAUGGAGACGUGGUGUUUGUCAGCAAAGAUGUAGCCAAGCACUUGGGGUUCCGGUCAGCGGUGGAGGCCCUGAGGGGCUUGUACGGUCGUGUGAGGAAAGGGGCAAUGCUUGUCUGUGCCUGGGCUGAGGAGGGCGCCGAUGCCCUGGGCCCUGAUGGUCAGCUGUUCCACUCGGAUGCUUUCUCACCACCCCGGGUGGUGGAUACUCUGGGGGCUGGAGACACCUUCAAUGCUUCUGUCAUCUUCAGCCUGUCCCAGGGGAAGAGCAUGCAGGAGGCGCUGAGGUUUGGCUGCCAGGUGGCUGGCAAGAAGUGCGGCCUGCAGGGCUUUGACGGCAUCGUGUGAGUGCCCUGUGGCAGGAGGCACAGCUCACACACUCCCCCCUUGGAGGCUGGCAUCACUGGCUGCCAUUGCCUCCUCCCCUCCGUCCAGCCUGGCAUCUGGGCUGCCCUGCUCCCUGGGCAGAUGCAGGCUGUGGGAGGGCUCUGCCUGUGUCCUGGCAUCUCACACUGCAGAACCGCAGAGCAAAUAAAUCUCCUUCCCCAAGCCA